AAUUAUUUUACAAAUAAAUAGUCCUAGUGAUCACCUACUCUCGGUCCAACAAAUUCCAGAUAAUUUCAUACAGAAAACAGGUCGAGGUUUUAUAAACAUUAUGGUAACCAUUCCGGUGAUGACGAUAAGCUCUUCCGAUGGUCCCAGGCCCAUGCCAGUGAUCGCAAUGGGCACAGCAUCAGAUUCAGGCAUCAGUGGAAGUGAUGUGAUGUCAUCAUCGACUAUAGUUGAAGCUAUUAAGGUGGGUUAUCGUCACUUUGACACCGCAGCAGUAUACCGAACUGAGAAACCUCUCGGUGAAGGUAUCAGCGAAGCACUCCGGCUGGGUCUUAUCAAGUCUCGAUCUGAGCUUUUCAUAACCACGAAGCUGUGGUGUGCCUCCGCUGACCGACAUCUUGUUUUACCCGCCAUCAAUCAGAGUCUACAGAAUCUGGGAUUAGAGUAUGUGGAUUUGUAUCUUAUACACUGGCCACUAAAGGUAAUCCAAGAUGAAUUCAAACUUCCCGUUCCCAAGGAGUGUGUAGCCGCAAUUGACAUCAAAGCAGUAUGGGAAGCAAUGGAGGAGUGUCAAAAUCUCGGACUCACCAAAUCCAUUGGCGUCAGCAAUUUUUAUCCAAAAUUGAUUCAACAAAUUCUUUCCUUUGCAAAAAUCCCUCCUGCUGUCAAUCAGUUUGAGAUGAACCCACUUUGGCAACAAAAGAAACUAACUGGAUUUUGCAAAGAGAAUAGCAUCCUUGUGACUGCUUACUCCCCUUUAGGUGCUUUCGGCAAUAAUGCAUGGGGACACAACCGCGUUAUGGAAUGUGAUGUUCUCCAAGAUAUUGCAAAGUCCAAAGGGAAGACAGUGGCUCAGAUUUCUCUAAGAUGGUUAUAUGAGCAAGGUGUAAGUAUCGCAGUAAAGAGCUACAAUACAGAAAGAAUGAAGCAGAACCUAGACAUCUUCGACUGGUCCUUGACUAAGGAGGAUAUGGAAAAAAUCGACCAGAUUCCUCAACGCAGGCAUGUGUAUCUAAUAGGUUCAAUGUCAGUUGAGCCAAACGAUAUAAUGGCUGAGAUUGAUGCAGAGCUUGAUUAAAGAAGUAAUCAGAUCAGUGAAAAUAAAUGUUAAUGAUCAACACUUUUACAUACUCUAAUGUGAUAUCAUCAAUUUGUUUGCAUGCUUA